UUCCACAUGCUAAUAUACAGUGUAUCUCAGCUUAUCCUUGAGCUACCAUAUGCUCUAUAUACAGUGCAUAUAUAUUAUUUUCCUCGAAACACAGAGUCAUCAAGUUGAGCGAGAAAUAAACCGCCAUGGAAGCUUGCUGUCUCUCCUCCAAUUCCUUCACAAAAACCAUGGAAGUUCUUCCCUCAGUCAGAGGCAGAAUUCUUACACACACAAGGAAAAUGCACACGAAGUAUCAAACCAGGAAAUUUGGUGCUCCUGUUUCUAUAUCAUGUUGCCAAUCAGGUCCAGCGUCAGCAUCAUCUCAGGACGAAGAUGGCCCGUUUCUUACCUCCGACUGGCGAUCAUUCAGAGCAAGACUAGUCGCCAGAGAACGAGCCUUCCCACUCGAAGAACUUCCCGAUGCAGUUCUUGAUCUAGAUGCCCCAACGGACCAGCCUCAGCCUAUGACAAUAGGAGACAAAUGGGCACACACCAUCCACGAACCAGAGAAGGGCUGCUUGUUGAUCGCCACCGAGAAGCUCGACGGCGUCCACAUCUUCGAACGAACAGUUAUCCUGCUACUUUCCACCGGGCCAAUAGGCCCAACAGGCAUCAUACUCAACAGGCCAUCACUCAUGUCCAUUAAGGAGAUGCGGUCAUCGGCAUUGGACGUAUCUGGUGCGUUUUCAGACAGGCCAUUGUUCUUCGGCGGGCCGUUGGAAGAAGGGCUGUUCUUGGUGAGUCCCCAGCAAGAAAACGACGGAGUUGGUAAGAGCGGGGUGUUCGAGGAGGUAAUGAAAGGUCUGUAUUACGGCACGAAAGAGAGUGUCGGCUGUGCUGCUGAAAUGGUGAGAAGGAAUGCAGUUCAAGUGGAGGAGUUCAGGUUCUUUGAUGGGUACUGCGCUUGGGAGAGAGAACAGCUGAGGGAUGAGAUAUGGGCUGGGUAUUGGACUGUAGCUGCAUGCAGCCCAAGUGUUGUUGGGCAUACCAGCGUCGGAAGCGUUGGGCUGUGGGAGGAAAUCUUGGGCCUAAUGGGCCCAAGAAAAGUUUGGUGAUUCUCAGUAUUUGGGCCUGGAAAAGAGUCAUUGCCCUGAAGGGAGUUUGUAAAUAAUCUUAAUUAAUAGCAAAAUUAGGCUUAUAAGUUGCAAUCCGCUUUUCUCAGAAAAGCACGACUAUUAGCUUACCUGAAAACUGAUAUUUAUGUCAAAAGUGUGUAAUAUUCUGCCUCUCUCCGCAAUUUCCUUUAAUGAAACACGCUUUUGUCUCUUUUUCA